ACUGGAGGUCUUCCUAGCCAAAUGGUCACUUCACUGACCCCAACACAGCACAUGGCUAUUCGGCUAUGCUGGACUGACCCCUGAUGGAGCCUUGAAUGGGACAGGCUGGCUCUGUGAAAAUGCUGGGGCUGGGGGCUCUUGCUGCCCUUUCUAUGGUGAGCAUCAUGACCUAUGGCUACCUGUCCUUGGACAAAGGAGACCUAGGUGUGGAAGGAGAGGAGAGACAACACAAGGGAGAGGGGCGAGAAGUGGGGCAUCAGCCUCAUAUUAUCUUCAUCCUGGCUGAUGAUCAGGGAUACAGGGAUAUUGGGUACCACGGAUCGGAGAUCAGAACUCCAACACUGGAUAUAUUAGCAGCAGAGGGAGUGAAGCUGGAGAACUACUACGUACAGCCCAUUUGUUCACCCUCCAGGAGUCAGUUCAUUACUGGGAAAUACCAGAUUCACACAGGUCUCCAGCAUUCUAUUAUAAGGCCUUCUCAACCAAACUGCCUACCUCUGGACAACCUGACUUUGCCACAGAAACUAAAGGAAGUUGGCUAUGCAACACACAUGGUAGGGAAGUGGCACCUGGGUUUUUAUCGUAAAGAAUGCAUGCCAACGCAUAGAGGUUUUGAUUCAUUCUUUGGAUCGCUAUUGGGCAGUGGAGAUUACUACAAUCACUACAAAUGUGACAGCCCGGGAACAUGUGGAUACGACCUAUAUGAGAAUGACAAUGCAGCAUGGGAGCAUGACCAUGGUAUUUACUCCACAGAGAUGUAUACCCAACGAGUGCAGAAAAUCUUGGCUAUUCACAAUCCUAAGAAACCUUUAUUCCUUUACAUAGCUUAUCAAGCAGUGCAUUCACCUCUACAAGCUCCUGGGAACUAUUUAGAAAAUUAUAAAUCUAUUACUAAUAUCAAUAGGCGACGAUAUGCUGCAAUGUUGUCAUGCUUAGACGAUGCAAUUAAAAAUAUUACCAUUGCUUUGAAAAAAUAUGGUUUCUACAAUAACAGUGUCAUUAUCUAUUCAUCAGAUAAUGGUGGGCAACCAAUGGCAGGUGGUAACAACUGGCCUUUGCGUGGUAGCAAAGGCACAUAUUGGGAAGGGGGUAUAAGAGCUGUUAGUUUUGUGCACAGCCCAUUUUUAAAAAACAAGGGCUAUGUGUGUAAGGAACUCAUACAUAUAACAGAUUGGUUUCCUACAUUAAUUACAUUGGCUGGUGGAAAUAUAGAUGAAGACAUGCAGUUGGAUGGUUAUGACGUAUGGGAAGCAAUAAGUGAAGAAAAGCCUUCUCCAAGAGUGGACAUUCUGCACAAUAUAGAUCCUAUGUACACCAAAGCAAGAAACGGUUCCUGGGCAGCUGGAUUUGGUAUUUGGAAUACUGCCAUCCAAUCUGCUAUUAGGGUGAACCACUGGAAAUUGCUUACCGGAAAUCCUGGUUAUGGAGAUUGGGUGCCUCCACAAAGUUUCACCAAUGUUGGACUCAGCCGUUGGCACAAUGAGCGAGUUUCUUCAUCAAAUGGGAAGUCUUUGUGGCUUUUUAACAUAACAGCUGAUCCAUAUGAAAGAGUUGACCUAUCAAAAAAAUACCCAGACGUUGUAAAGCAAUUGCUUCGAAAACUGGCACAGUUCAAUAAAUCCGCAGUUCCUGUGCGUUAUCCCCCGAGGGACCCGAGAAGUAACCCUAAGCUUAAUGGUGGAGUUUGGGGUCCAUGGUACAAGGAGAGUAAUAAAGCCAAGAAAAAAAAUCUUAAAAAAUCCAAGAAAAACAAGGGGAAGAAGAGCUCAAAGCGCCGCAAACAGAUGUAUUCUGGAUGCCACCCACCUCCUUCAAAUGCACAAGACAGCUUGGUGCUCAGUUAACUAUGCCAUUGUCAUGUGUACUGCAC